GUCAGACAGCUCAAGCUGCUUUAGCACAUCUUGCUGUGGACUGCGAGAUGAGAAAGUCAAUGCUCUUCCUUGGCUUUCUUGUUUGCCUUGGCCUGGCUCUGCCAGGUACCCAGGGAAGAAUAAUUUCCAAAUGUGAGAUGGUGAAGAUCUUACGUCGGAAUGGCUUUGAGGGCUUUGAGGGCACAACUGUUGCUGACUGGAUGUGCCUGGUGAAAUAUGAGAGUGGUUAUAACACGAAAGCGUACAAUAACAAUGGUCCAAGCAGGGACUACGGCAUCUUUCAGAUCAACAGCAAGUACUGGUGCAAUGAUGGCAGGACCCCUGGAUCUGUGAAUGCCUGCCACAUCAGUUGCUCAAAACUGCAGGAUGAUAACAUUGAGGAUGAUAUUCGCUGUGCCAAGAAGAUUGCUCGGGAGGCUCAUGGCCUCAGUCCUUGGUAUGGCUGGAAAAAUCAUUGCAAGGGCAGAAACCUGAGUUCCUAUGUCAGAGGUUGUUAAAUCGCUCCACGGGUGUUGAUUGUUUCCUCAGGACCACUAGCCAUGGAGAAUGCCAGCGUUUGGAGAGGAGGCCAGGGAAAUGGAUGGGUGUGGGAAAUUAAAAGCAGUAUAUUAUUAAGACAGAGUGGGUACUGACUAGUGCUAACUCUGGAGGCCUUCACACUGCUGCAAUGCAAACAGAGCUUACAGCUUGUAGCUUAAUAAAAACAAGGCUUAGCUAUAGACCACUACAGGUGGAGCUUCAGCCUUGAUUUACUUGCAUAAACCUGACUCAAGAUUUUGUUGCUCUAACAGGGCUUAGCAACACUUAAGGUUUUGCUCUCUUUUUGUAUCUUUGUUCUCCUUCACCCCUCCCUUCCUCCCCUCCUCCCUCCCCUUCAUUUUUUUGCCCAUUCUUAUUGGAGUGUCUGUAGUGAGAAAAUACAAAAAUUAAUGAACAUUGUGGAAAAUGUACAGGAUUAUGUUGCCUUAUGAUUAGGACAGUCACUAAGGGAGGUGGGAAGUACAGACCACUGGCAGAGAGAGAAAACCAUGCUGAAAUGUGACCUUACUCCUUAAAUUUAUCUGAGCCUCUGCUCCUGGCUGGUAUGAGGCAUAGGGCACUGAAAUAUAUGGGCAUCUGGCCUGAGGGAAUACAGCAUUUCUCAUCAUUCUUUGAGGAACCAAAUCAAACACAGCCUAGAAUGCAGGCAGCAUCUCUGUGAGGAAACUAUGGGCUGGAAAGGCUGUUAGGAAAGGGAAAUGUUUUGCUGUUUAGUUUACAAGUCCUUUUUCCAAAUGAAAGCUGAAUUCUGAAACAGUGCAUGAAUGAAAGGAGAUAACAUCAAAAAAACAUGUUUGCUUGUUCAUGUGCUUUCUGCUUCUUCUAGGGGAGCAAUGACUUCUUUGGUGCUUAUGCAAUAAAGGAAUGCUUAAACUUG